AUGUACCGCGUCGCGGACGGCGCACAGCGCGUGCUGCUCCUGGACGCACCAGCUGCAACUUGUCGCUCCAACGCUAACACGGAUACUGUCACUCAUCAUCUCUCCACGUGCGAUCGCUCUUUGGUGUCGUGCCCUGUGGAUCAGAGACCAGGUACAAACAGCAGGUUUAUGCUGCCAAGCGAGAGCGAGCCACCAGACGUCGUGAUCCACUCAGACGGGUGCGCAAUCGCUCUCCAUCUCUCAGUCCUCCGACACCGCUGUCCGUGGGUUUACAAGCAGCUGCGCCAGCUGCGGCAGUCGCCACCUGCGGCAAAUGGAUUCCAGUUGUUAGACGAUGCGGAACUCGAGCGAUCUCGGGAUAACACAAAGGGGCGAUUCAAGUGUCCUUUACGUGACAUUCGGUCAUUGAGACUGGAUUACGUGCGUUGUGUCGCCCAUGCAUGUCGGCAUGGGCACGACGUUGACGGUAGCAGUCCAAGAGGACAGUCAUGUCAGCAGGACAGCGUUGUUGUAGGCUCGCCGAGGAGAAAACGACUGCGUCAAACAGACGCUAACUCGUCGUUGAGUGGACAAUGCGUCGGUAUGACGCCGCGACGUGCACGGACUUUGUAUGGCGAGCUUAAUCAUGUACCACGGGUUGGACGAGAAGAAGAGAUGGAGUAUCUGCGCGGCGCAAUGCACGUUAAGAUCGACGAAACGAACAUUGACGCUGUCGUGACGGCUGUCGAGUAUAUUUACAGGCGCCAUGUGAGGAUGAUCGACGAGCGUAAUGCUUUGGAGGCUGUCAAGCUAGGGAAGAAGCUAGGCUUGGAAAGCACGAUGUUGUACCAUUCUCUAGCGAUUGCUAUUCGACGCGUUACGACAGCAACGUGGAUUGAGCUGCUGUUGAUGGUGUCGACGUUAGAAAACCGGAUCGAGCGCCGAAUUUUGUGUGACCAUCUGAUGGCUUUUCUAGCGUCACUGAAGCCUGAGCAGUACUACCGAGCGUUGAUAGAUAUGCGGUGUGUGUGCAUCAGAGAACUGAAGGAUCACGAUGUCCUUCUUCAUGCUGUGGUGGGUCUGAUCAAUAACGUCAGACUCGUGGAGUUUUGGCGAAAUCUACUAAACGCACUAACUUAUUGGCUUAGUCAUCGGUUCUGUACUGCAGACGUGCCGUCGCUAAGAGCUGUCCACCGGCACUUUGCGCCGGAGUGGGAACCGUAUAUGGAACGGGGUCCGGUUGAUCUUCAUGUGAAACCUGGAGCAAAGAACCUCUUCUCACUGCUUCAGUUUGGGAAGUACCAGCUGCAGCUACGGAUAGAUGUUAUGAGCAAAAUGCCCAUUUCGUGGCGAAUCAUUCGAUCUUCGUCACCACAGGUGCUGAGUUCUGAUCCAGACAAAGUCGACCACCUCCCAUCGUUCGAUGAUGAUCCGAAGUUUUGGAUACGUGGGCAAGUGAAAGUCAAGUAUUGGCAUGCACAGUCAAACCAUUCGAAGAGUGUACAAGACAUGACACUUCAGUACCAGCAUUGCUAUGAGCAAUAUAACCAGUGGCGUGAUAUCGUGUCUCCGUCGCCUUCGACCCUGACCUCAACUUAUACAGCUGCUGCAUGCCAAUCGAAAUGCAUGGGGAAGAUGCAAGUUCGUGGCAAGUUUUUUGUCUGGGGGGACCCCGUUUGCAGCGUGUACCACUUCUUGCUACAAUCAACACUGUUUUACUCGGCCCCACACGGCUCACCGACCGAAAUCGCCGACCUCUUCAUUGUUUCCGAAAUGCAACGGCUACCUCUAGAGACGCUGGAGCUCGUGCUGCGCAGCGACAGCUUGCGUAUUCCCGGCGGAGAGCAAACGUUGCUACGAUGUCUUAACAAGCUAUUCUUUGGCAGUAACUUCACUCACGUCGGGUCAUCAGGUAAUGAAGCACGUGUGACGUACAAUUGCUGCCCGGAAGACAUGAUGCGUUUGUACGAGUGUGUUCGCUGGUGCUUUGUGCCUGUUGGUGAUAUCAUUGGUACACUAAGACAGUCGCCUCGCGAACUGAUGCUAUACGAGUUGAUUGAGAAAGGCCUCCAAGAUACUUUCCGGUGCUUUGUUCGCCGAUGCCCGUGGGAAUGGCGCAAGGAUCAACACACAUACACGAAAAGAACGACAAGCUUGGUGGAAUUCAGGAUCAAAGCUAGCGAGAAUCAGCUGUCGCCGGAAUACUUUCCGAUAGCCCUCAACGCCAAUUCGCAAGAGUCGUCACACUUCCAUCCCGAAGCUAUUUGCUGUGGCUCUAAUCGUGUGCAAAGUGUGCCAUAA